AGAGGUGAGGAGGGGAGAAAACGCGAGGGAGGAGAACGAUGGAAAUGUGACCGUUGGAUGACAACGAACCGUCGAUACUGCCCCGUGACCGACUGCAAGUGGCAAGCCAGAGAGGAUCCGCGCCAGCCGGGCGCCUCGGCGCCGCCGUCUCUCCGACCGACCUUUCCUAAUAGAGGCGGCGCCGCGCGGCCUAUUCUCCGCCGUUCCCCUCCGGCGCCCCCCCUCCACCCACUCCCCCAUGGCGCCGCAUCCCCCGCCGCCACCGGCUCCUCGACUCCGCCCCCUCCCGCGGGCCGCCCGCCUGAGGCCGCUCACCCUCCUCGUCUCCGCCUUCUUCUCCUCCUCUUCGUCUCGACGGCUGGGAGGAUCUGAGCGGCCGCCACCGCCCGGGGACCCUGGGGGCGUUAGCGGGCGGAGGAAGCUGGAUCCGGGUGACGAAGCCCCGAUCAGGAGCGCACACCUGGGGCUGGCGCGGCCGGACUGGCGCCGGAGCGCCUCGCUCGCCUCCCUCACGCCCGCGCAGGCCGCGUCCGUGGCGGAAUCGCACCCGGUCCCCUCACGGGGCCUCGACCUCCUCCUCUUCCUGUCGCGGGAGCGCUCGCACACGUACCGGCCGGGCACGUUCGCCGCGCUCGCCAGGCGCCUUGUGGACUCGCGCCGGUAUGCCGCCGCCGGGCGUGCGUGCAUCCACUUGAUCAAGUCGUCCCGCAGCAAGGAGACGAUGACGCGGACGAUGAGUUUCUUGGAUAUGCUCAGCCAAAGCGGACUCAGGAUGGGUCUCUUCGCGUAUAGCGCCCUGUUGAUCCAGCUGAGCAGGCUUGGGAUGACUGGUGCCGUCAUAGACAGGUACCACCGGAUGCUGGGCGAGCUUGUACAGCCAAACUUAAUUAUCUACAAUGCUGUAAUCAAUGCAUUGUGCAAGGAUGGCAAUGUAGCAGACGCAGAGGCAAUCGUGAAGAAGGUGUUCGAAUCCGGGAUGAGACCUGACGCAUUCACCUACACGUCAAUGAUCCUAGGUCAUUGUAGGAAACAUGAUUUGGAUUCAGCAUUGCAUGUUUUCAAUCAGAUGGCUAACGAGGGUUGUGAGCCAAACACAGUAACGUACUCAACAUUAGUGAAUGGGUUAUGUGAGAGUGGGAGGGUUAAUGAGGCAUUUGAUUUGAUUAGGGAGAUGACAUUGCGUGGUGUUCAUCCGACAGCGCACACUUGUACUGGCCCUAUUACUGCAUUAUGUGACAUGGGGUGCUAUGAAGAUUCCUGGAGGCUGUUCGUUGAUAUGAAAAAUAAGGGAUGUGAACCAAAUGUGUAUACAUACACUGCACUUAUCAGUGGUCUUUGUGUGUCAGGGAUAUUGAAGGUGGCCAUUGGACUAUUCCAUAGGAUGGUUAGAGAUGGUGUGCUCCCAAAUACAGUGACAUAUAAUGCUUUGAUAAAUAUUCUGGUUGAGAACAGUAGAAUCGAAUUUGCAUCUGUUGUUUUCAAUUUGAUGGACAGAAAUGGUUGUUCACCAAACACCGUGACAUACAAUGAAAUGAUCAAGGGCUAUUGCAUUACCGGUGAUGCUGAGAAGGCAAUGUUGAUGCUGAACAGUAUGGUGCAGGCAGGACAUUCAGCUAAUGUUGUAACAUACAACACCAUCAUCAAAGGAUAUUGUGACUCAGGAAAUACUACAAGUGCUCUUAGGAUUCUAGAGCUUAUGAGGGAUAGUGGGUGUGAACCUGACAAGUGGUCUUACACUGAACUGAUAUGUGGCUUUUGCAAGAUAAGCAAAAUGGAGUUGGCUUUUGGAUUGUUCAAUGAAAUGGUGGAUCGUGGCUUAUGCCCAAAUGAAGUUACCUAUACUGCACUGAUAGAUGGAUACUGCAAGGAUGAGAAACUGGACACUGCAACAACGAUGUUGGAGCAGAUGAAGAGAAGUGGUUGCAGACCAAAUGUUCAGACAUACAAUGUUCUUAUUCAUGCUCUAACUAAGCAGAAUAAUUUUUCUGGUGCAGAGGAACUAUGUAAAGUGAUGAUUAAAGAAGAAAUAUUUCCAAAUGUAGUCACUUACACUGCAAUGAUUGACGGACAUUGCAAAAAUGGUUCCACAUCUUUGGCUCUUGAAAUGUUCAAUAAGAUGAUUGAGCAGGGCUGUUUGCCUAAUCUUCUUACCUACAGUUCUCUUAUCCAUGCUCUAGGUCAAGAAGGCAUGGUAGAGGAAGCUUUGAAUUUGUUUGGAAAACUGGAGGGGCAAGGGCUCAUUCCAGAUGAAAUUGCCUAUGUUAAGAUGAUUGAAGUUUAUAUCAUGUCAGGGAAAGUUGAGCGUGCCUUUGAUUUUCUGGGGAAAAUGAUAAAGGCUGGGUGCCAACCAACUAUGUGGACAUAUGGUGUUUUGGUUAAAGGUUUGAAAAAUGAGUACCUAUUAGCUGACCAGAAACUUGCUGCAUUGCCAGAUGUAGUCCCAACCUGCAGUUUUGAUUAUCAAACAACAGACCAAGAGGCUGUUUCAGUCUUGUCUGCUAAGUUAGCAGAACUGGAUUCUGACUUAUCUGUUCAGUUGCACAAUGCACUGGUUUCAAAAUUUAGUGCUGCUGGUAGAUGGUUUGAGGCAAAUGAGCUGUUGGGAAGCAUGAUUAGUCAGGGCUUAUGUCCAGACCAGGAGGCAUAUAAUUCCUUAGUAUGUUCACUUUUGAGAGCCCGGAACGUUGACCUUGCAAUGGGUGUAUUUAAGCAUAUGUCUGCUCAAGGUUGUGAAAUCCGCCUUGAUGGUUAUAAAGAACUAAUAUGUACCUUUUGCCAAUUACACAGAAGAAAAGAAGCUCGGAUUACUUUUGAAAACAUGCUCACGAGGACUUGGAAUCCUGAUGAUGUUGUACAGACAGUGCUCAUUGAUGGAUUGCUCAGGGCUGGAUUAAAAGACGUGUGCAUGGAGUUUCUGCAAAUAAUGGAAACUAGUCAUUGUGUGCCUAGCUUCCAUAUGUACACCAUUUUAGCUAGGGAGGCGUCGAAAUAGAGGUAGUACCUGUUGGAUUCCGAUUUCAGGCAUUGCAUGGUGGAUGUUGUUGAUAUCUAGUAAGUGAGCUGCCCACCUACACUGACUGGGAAGCUAGAGUAGGUUCAUCAAUUGUUGUUCUGUUUCCUUCCUCUCACAGAAGGACUAUCUGUUAUCCAGAUCAAAUCCAUACAUCUACGCAUGGUCAGGGAGACAUGGAGCAGGGUGCCACACAAAGUGAUGGACUAAAUGCUCUACAUCGUGCACAGGAGAGUGAUGCUGUUCAAGUCUUUCCAGGUUCCCUGGAGCCAUGUUGGCUUCGUAGCAUACACAAUGCCACAUUAUGUUCUCUGCCGAUUGCAUGGAGUAAGGGGUAGGCUCUUGACCAUCAUUUGUGGGUGGGCUGGUACUUGCAGUCUGAGAGUGGGAGCAGUGGUCAUGAAGCAUGGUGAUGCCAGAUGCUAUUAACCUGCUAUCUGAGCUCAUUUGAUGAUUAUAUUCUGUUAUGGCUUCUGGAGUAAAUUUUCUAGAAAUGUCAUAAAAAAUUAUAUGAAAAGUUAUGAUGACAAGUGGAUGCUAUUUCAUGAUACAAGUUAUUUGGGACUUUAUUAAAGCAAUAUGCUUCUAUGAACAAAAAAAAGAAACAUUUGGGCGGCAAGCUAUAUUCAGUCCUUUAUGCGUUCACCUAUAUUCAACCGUCAUUAAAGAAUUUCAAUAUGUGAUCAGGUCUGUGGUGAGGUGAGCCCAACUGAGGAAUGGCCUUCAAAGUACUCUAAGCUGCUUGUUGAAAUGGAUGAUGGCUUGGAGUUUUCCUUCACUAAUAAGAGGCGUUUUGCAAAAAAUUGCUUUCUUGACAAUCCAGAAGCCGUCCCACCAAUUUCUGAGCUUGGAUCAGAUGCCUUAUUUGAACCACUCCAGCUUAAUGAUUAUGUACAAUCACUGAGUAGAAAGAAUACCACUUUACAAAUGGAUUGCAGAUGAGGUGCUUUAUCAGGCAAGGAUUCAUCCAAUGCAAACAGCAUCGAAAAUUUCUAAGGAAAAAUGCAAGGCACUCCAUCAGUGCAUUAAAGAGGUGAUUGAGAAGUCCUUAGAAGUUGGUGCUGAUAGCAGUCAGUAUCCAGAAAACUGGAUAUUUCACUCUAGGGAGAAGAAACCCGGCAAGGCCUUUGUGGAUGGGAAGAAAGUUGACUUCAUUACGGUUGGUGGUAGGACUUCAGCAUAUGUGCCAGAGUUGCAGAAGCUGGAUGGGAUUGAUGCGACAGCAAGCAGUGCGAAAAUAAGUGGUUGUUUGGAUGUAGGGACUUUUUUUAAGUCCCUUAUCAUAUCAGAUGUUUGGACAUUAAUUAGGAGUAUUAAAUUUAGA